UCCUCUCUUCUCACAAAUCCAAUCCUAAUCGCGUUUGCAGCAAACAUUUCCCCUUCUUUUGUUCUUCUUUCUCACGUGAGACGCCUGAGCUGAGCUCAACCGGUUUCUGGCCCCUCUUGAUCUCCGUGAGCUCGCUGCCUUUUCUUUUCUUUUCUGUGGUGCGUGGUUUCAUCAGUUUCCCCCCUUUCUUUAGCCAUUGAUCCGAUUGCUGUCUCUUGUUGCAUGUGCAUUCCUCUCAAUCCAUUCUUCGGACCGUGCCCCAAUCCGUCCACGAGCUGCCCAAAUUUGGGUUCAUCUUUGUUAAACCGUCCAACUCAUCCUGAAAAUCUCUCCAAGAAAUCCACAUUAAAAAUGCAUUAAGGCCUAAUUACAUCGUAUAGACAUACCCCAGAAUCCGAUUCCGGACGCAAUAGGUGUACAAGUUAACAAAUCAAGUGCCCGAAAUUUGCAUCCUUUUGUGGUCGGGGUGAUACUUAUCGCGGCGGAUUUUAGCCAUGAAGUUUGCGAAGAAGUACGAGAAGUACAUGAAGGGGAUGAACGAGGAGCUCCCAGGCGUGGGGCUGAAGCGGCUCAAGAAAAUGCUCAAGAAAUGCCGCUCCGACCUCCAGUCGCACGAGAACGACGGCUCCUCCGCCGGCCGCUGCCCCGGCCAUUGCUCUGUAUGUGAUGGGAGUUUCUUUCCAUCUCUUCUCAAUGAGAUGUCAGCCGUUGUUGGCUGCUUCAAUGAAAAGGCCAAGAAACUUCUCGAGUUGCACUUGGCAUCAGGUUUCAAGAAAUAUACAAUGUGGUUCGCCAGCAAGGGUCACAAGAGCCAUGGGACACUGAUACAGCAAGGGAAAGACUUGGUUACCUAUGCAAUUAUAAAUGCUGUGGCCAUGAGGAAAAUUUUAAAGAAGUAUGACAAGAUACAUUAUUCAAAGCAAGGGCAGGAAUUCAAAGCUCAAGCCCAGAGUCUGCAUAUUGAAAUUCUUCAAUCCCCAUGGCUCUCUGAGCUGAUGGCUUUUUACAUGAACUUGAGAAGAAGCAAGAAGAACAAGGUGGCUAUGGAGCUCUUCGGGGAUUGCUCCCUCAUAUUCGAUGAUGACAAGCCAACAAUUUCAUGCAGCCUUUUUGACUCCAUGCGUGUUGAUAUUAGCUUGACAUGUUCAAUUUGCUUGGAUACAGUGUUUGACCCAGUCGCUCUUUCCUGUGGUCACAUAUACUGCUACUUGUGCAGUUGUUCUGCUGCAUCCGUUACAAUUGUUGAUGGGCUGAAGUCUGCCGAGCGCAAAUCUAAGUGCCCCCUGUGCCGACAGGCCGGCGUCUUUCCUAAUGCUGUACACUUGGAUGAACUGAACAUGCUACUAAGCUAUAGUUGUCCAGAUUACUGGCAGAAGAGAAUACAGAUGGAGCGGGUCGAGCGUGUUCGUCUGGCUAAGGAACACUGGGAGUCACAGUGCAGAGCAUUCUUGGGCAUGUGAUUCUGAAAUAUUAAGUUUCAGGUGUUUUUUUAUUACUUUUUUCAGAGGAGCUUCAUGUGUAGUUGCUUAGCAAAAUGGAAUUGGCCAUUGUUGUCACUUAUAUCCUGGUCUGCUGCUCCUCUUUGUGCAGUGAAGUUGGAUUUGUAGUCAUAAAUGGAUGUGCUUGGGGGGGGGGGGGGGGGGGGGGUUCACUGCUGGCUGCUGCUGUGCAGUGAAUAGCUGUAAAUUCAUUCGUGCUGUGAAUGUACAAAGGGUAGAUUUUUAGUCAUUGUUCAAGUGAAUAACUGUAAAUUCAUUUGUAUUUGACCAUUUCAUCUCCACGAUUAACUCAACAUGAAAUUCAUGUUUUUAUGAAGAUUUAAAUAUAGGACCUUAGGUGUUAC